GGCACUAUUGGUUGAGAUGCCGCUAAUAACCAAUUAUAAAUUUGAAUAGAACUGGAAAAAGGGAAUUCAUUUCAUAGAAAUUACUCUGCAACAUCACUAUUAAUUUGAAGGAUUGGGAUAAUUUCUGAACAACAUCCAUCAGAUCCCUGUGGAACAACACAAAUGCGGAUCCAAAAUAUUGAGUUUAUAGAUUCUGGAAUCUAGAAAAGGCAACUUUACUGGAUUUUGGAUAAAUUACUCGUACAUAUUAAGUGGAUUUCCCAUUAGUCCAAAGCAAGUUACUGAGUUCUGCCGAACUCCAGCUCCUCGCCUGUUGAACAAGUCCUCCAUUUGUCCAUCUAUGGGUAUUCAAGAAUCACACGUAUUAUCCUUAAAAGUUAGUCUUUGGACCAUUUCCUUUUGUCCUAAGCCGGCUAAACUUCUUAUUCUUGUCUUGUUUCUGCAAAUUAUAUCAUAUAGCAUUGCAAAUGACAGCUAAUAGAGUUGUCAAAGUCUUCAUAGGUUCUUGGACGGCCCUUCACAACUUUUUCCAAAAUAGACACAAAUUACUCACCAAAACUCAAAGCACUUUUGCAUGCAUGAAGUCCUUUCUCUCUUCUAUAUAAACUAAAUCUCUUACCAAUCACAUUAUCUCACAUAAAAACUUCUUCCUUCUCUCCAAUAUUUUCACUUUAGUAUUGUUUCACCUAGCUUCUCUUCUUUAGUUCUUCAAAUGGCUAAGCAGUUUCUCCUGCUGAAUUUGAUAGCACUAAGUUUCAGCUGUGUUGUGUUAGCUUUUGAGCCAAGUCCACUGCAAGAUUUCUGUGUGGCUGAUCCUGCUAGCCCAGUUAAGGUAAAUGGUUUAGCUUGCAAAGAUCCUAAGUCAGUUACAGCAGAGGAUUUUUACUUCAGCGGCCUGCAUUUGGCAGGAAACACAUCAAACACUUUUGGCUCUAAGGUCACUGCUGUUAAUGUAGCUCAAGUUCCAGGACUGAACACUCUUGGUAUCUCAUUGGCUCGCGUCGACUAUGCGCCGUGGGGAAUUAACCCUCCACACACUCAUCCAAGAGCUACUGAAAUACUCACAGUCCUUGCAGGUUCUCUUCAAGUUGGUUUUGUAACUUCAAAUCCUGAAAAUCGCCUUAUUACUAAGGUCCUCAAAAAAGGCGAUGUGUUUGUUUUUCCAAUUGGACUUGUUCACUACCAACGCAAUGUGGGAUAUGGAAAUGCUGUUGCUAUUGCUGCUUUGAGUAGCCAGAAUCCUGGUGUUAUAAGUAUUGCUAAUGCAGUUUUCGGAUCAGAACCAGCUAUCGAAACAGAUAUUCUUGCCAAGGCUUUUCAAGUUGAUGAAAGCGUAGCCUCUUUGAUACAAUCAAAAUUUUAAGCAGCGCGCGUUUACUUCAUUUGUUUUGUGUGUGAUGAUAAUUGGUGUGAGAUGUAUAUUUGUUUACUUUGUGAUGAUUUAAUUAUUCUAAAUUUCUUAUGAUGUA